UCACCUCGUCUUUCCCCUCUGUCACCUAUCCAUCCCUCCCUCUCGAGAAAACGAGGGAGAAGAGAAGGGGAAAAAAUCAAAAAAAGAAAAAGAAAAAGCAAAAAACUCCAUUUUUUCUACUUUCAUUCAUCAAACCACUCCCACUCCUACCUUUUCAUUACCUCAUCAGGCCCAAUUCUCACAACCAAAAAUUACAAAAAUCCCCCUGAAAUUCUACACACAAAAACCCCUUUCUUCCAAAACAAGAACAAAUAAGUACAACGAAAAUGUCCGCACGCACCAUCUUUCAAUCUGCUCAGGUUACGACCAUCGCAUCUCCCCCACUUUUUCCCCCUCUUAAAACCCCUACCGGCAUCCGUCUUCCGGAACGUUCCAGAAGGUUCCGGAAGGCUCGAGCGAUCAGAGCCUCGUUGGGCCCUUUGGUAGAAUCAGACCCUAGGGAUGCCCUAGAGCGCUGCUUCAACGCCUCUCCUGACCCCGGGCCCGGCCCGGCAUCGUCAUUGCCGUCGGCUUCUGGUUCCACCAUGUUUGCGCCCGUCAUGAAGGGAGGGAAGUAUGGUGCUUUUGGGGCGGUGACACUCGAGAAGUCGAAGCUUGACCUGUCACAGAAGACGUCCAGUUCGAGCCCUGAGACUGCAGUUGGUGGAGGUGGUGGAGAUAUUGGAAAGAGAAAUAGUCAUGGUGGAGGUGAUGGGGGUGAUGAUGACGGUGAUGAUGAUGACUACUUUGGUGACUUUGAGGAUGGAGAUGAAGGGGACGAAGGUGGAUUGUUUCGGAGGCGGCUUGUUCUUCAAGAGCUUUUCGAUCGAAAAUUUGUAGAUGCAGUCCUGCAAGAGUGGUAUAAGACCAUGAUGGAUUUACCUGCUGGCCUCCGUCAAGCUUAUGAAAUGGGCUUGGUGAGCUCAGCUCAAAUGGUAAGAUUCCUAGCUAUCAAUGCUAGGCCAACUACUGAAAGGCUUAUUUCUCGAGCUCUUCCUCAAUCCUUAUCUAGAGCUUUCAUCGGCAGGAUGCUUGCAGAUCCAUCAUUCUUAUAUAAACUUCUUCUAGAACAGGCUGCUACAGUUGGUUGUUCUAUUUGGUGGGAGUUUAAGAAUCGCAAAGAAAGGAUAAAGCAGGAAUGGGAUUUGGCACUAAUUAAUGUGCUGACAGUAUCAGCCUGCAAUGCUGUUAUUGUUUGGUCACUUGCUCCAUGUCGUUCAUACGGGAAUACAUUUCAGUUUGACUUGCAAAAUACCUUGCAGAAGCUUCCCAACAAUAUUUUCGAAAAGAGCUAUCCUCUUCGAGAAUUCGACUUGCAGAAAAGAAUUCACUCAUUCUUUUACAAGGCUGCAGAGCUUUGUAUGAUUGGAUUAACUGCUGGAGCGGCCCAAGGUGCUUUGUCAAAAAUUUCUGCCUCCAAGAAAGAGGGGAGGGUAUCAGUGACAAUCCCAACCGUGAGUACCAAUGCUCUUGGCUAUGGGGCUUUCUUGGGACUUUAUGCAAACCUGCGUUAUCAGCUCUUGUGUGGCAUUGAUAGAGCAAUCUUCAACCAUUUUGAUGUUCUUGGGGUGGUGUUAUUUUUAAGCACAGCAUUGAGGGUCCUGAACAUUCAAAUUGGUGAGACAUCGAGACUUGCAUGGCUUGGGGUGGAGGCAGAUCCACUUGUUCAAUCUGAUCUCUUGAGUAAAGCUUAUAACAGACAAUCAGAGGCAGUUGAUAAGUCAUCUUCCAACUGGUUCAUCUCCAAGAAUACCAUCGUCUCAGGGCUUGGGCUCCUUGGCAUCAAGCAGGGUGCAGCAGAUCCAGCUGCGUCUCCCAAGGCACGGAAGAAGAGGGUCAUAAGGAAGAAGGUGACAGCAAGUUCGGCGUAAUGGUAUUGCAUUCUUUGCCGUCACGAAUCAAUUUUGCAGCCAAGGAGAAUCGGACGGUCAUGAUUUGUAAGCGAGGCAAGUGUUGCCGGUGAUUUUCCACUCUGCGGUUACAGGAGAGAUGCGGUGGGAGCUUGUGUGGCGCGCUUGACAGAGAGCAAUGUAGAGAUCUGAGAGAUUUCCCAAGACAUUUCUCGAUUGUUUUGCCAUAGUAGGGAGGUAAACAGUUGAUAUUUUGAUUCUGAAAUGGUACGUUUGAAGGUUAAUAAGGGAUAAUUGCAACUC